AUGUCUGAUACGGCUGAGGGCUCACGGCCACCCGCACCCAAUCCCGUCAAGAACAUCGCAACGCCAACGAGCAUCGCUAGACAUGGUCACGAGUCGUCCCAGAUUGCCCAACCUUCCACCUUCCUUUCCCCAGCCCAGAACCGCGCAAUGCAGGACAAACCGUUGAGCACCGUGGACAAGGACCAGCAGAGCGGGUUGAAGGCGAUCCGGGACUUCCUCAAGAUUCGGACAAGCUACGACGUCCUCCCGCUCUCCUUCCGACUCAUCAUACUCAACACUGAUCUGCUCGUGAAGAAGAGCUUGAACAUAUUACUGCAGAAUGGAAUCGUCUCCGCCCCGCUCUGGGAUUCUCACACAUCAUCCUUCGCGGGCCUCCUCACAACUUCGGACUAUAUCAACGUUGUGCAAUACUACUGGCAGAACCCGGACGCCCUGAAUCAGAUAGACCAAUUCCGGCUGAGCAGCUUAAGAGAUAUCGAGAAGGCGAUCGGUGUUCUACCGCUAGAAACGUUAUCAGUCAACCCGACACGACCUCUUUAUGAAGCCUGCACCCAAAUGUUAAAAACCCGAGCUCGAAGAAUACCGCUCGUUGACAUCGAUGAUGAGACCGGGCGAGAGAUGGUGGUUAGCGUCAUCACACAGUAUAGAAUCCUGAAGUUCAUAGCCGUCAACGUGGUCGAGACCGAGAUGUUGAAGAAAAGUGUCUCGGAAAUCAACCUCGGCACUUACGGGAACUUGCAGACGGCAAACGUGGAUACCAGAGUCAUCGACGUCAUCCAUUUAAUGGUCAAGUACAAUAUCUCAAGUGUGCCCAUCGUUGACGAAGACAACCGUGUCUUGAACGUUUUCGAGGCCGUUGACGUGAUCACCAUCAUUAAAGGCGGGGUUUACGACGAUCUUACUACGAAUGUAGGGGAUGCCUUGGGAAAGCGAGCUGAAGAUUUCCCCGGGAUCUACACCUGUAGCGAGGAGGAUAGACUAGAUUCGAUUUUCGAUACGAUCCGAAAAUCUCGAGUUCAUCGACUGGUUAUUAUUGACGAAGAGAACCGUCUGAAAGGUGUUAUAUCGCUUUCCGAUAUUCUGAAAUAUGUUCUUCUACACGGAGCGGAGGAUGGAUAA